AUGGCUGCUCCACAGCCAGACAUGGAAUUGCAGCAAAAUCAGAGGCAUCCUCUGUUGUCAAACAGAACUGAUGGCAACAACAACUUGAGCCCCAUGCAGAAAGCAAUAGGACAAACAUACAAGAGCACCGGGCACCUCGCCAAACUCCUCCCAUCAGGCACUGUCCUUGCCUUCCAGCUCCUUGCUCCAACCCUGGCAAAACAAGGCCACUGCGGUGACAUGAAUCGGAUGAUGGCAGGAGGGCUUGUGAUACUAUGUACACUGUCAUGCUUUGUUCUUAGCUUCACAGAUAGCUUCAGGGAUGAGAAAGGAAAGGUAAGAUACGGGUUUGCCACGUUCAAGGGGUUAUGGGUCAUUGAUGGUGGCGCUACUCUUGAUCCACAGGCUGCAGUUGAAUACAAGAUAAAAUUUCUAGACUUUGUCCAUGCAACUGUCUCCGCGAUGAUUUUUGUUGCAAUAGCUCUGUUUGAUCAAAAUGUGGUUUCUUGCUUCUAUCCAAUACCAUCAGAGGAUACAAAGCAAGUACUCACAACAUUACCAGUUGCUAUUGGAGUUAUUGGAAGCAUGCUAUUUGUCAGCUUCCCAACCACCCGCCAUGGCAUUGGCUUUCCGGUAUCUACACAAUAG